AUACGUUGGGAGCAAGGCCGACUUAUUGGCCAAGGUGCCUACGGCCGUGUGUUCCACGGACUGGAUCUGGAUACCCUCCAGAUCAUGGCAGUGAAGCAAGUCGUGCUGGGCACCGCCAACGACGCCCAGAAGCGCAAGAAGGAGGAGGCUCUCCGCAAGGAAAUCGAGCUGCUCGAGGAACUGGACGAUAUCAACAUUGUCCGCUACCUUGGGUCGGAGGUGACUCCCACCACGUUCAACGUCUUCCUCGAGUACGUGUCUGGUGGCUCGAUUGCCAGUUGUCUGGCCAAGUACGGCAAGUUCGACGACGACAUCACGCGCCACAUGACCAUGCAGAUCCUCUGUGGCCUCUCUUACCUGCAUGGAAAGGGCAUCAUCCAUCGUGAUAUCAAGGGUGCCAAUGUUCUGGUCGAUGUUGACGGAGUGGCAAAGAUCUCUGAUUUCGGCAUCUCCAAGCGAACCGACACUGAGCGCACCUACAAGCGCCUGACAAACAUGUCGAUGCAGGGCACUGUCCCAUGGAUGGCUCCCGAGGUCGCCCGAGGCAAAGGAUACGGUGCAAAGAUUGAUAUUUGGAGUCUGGGCUGCCUGGUCCUCGAGAUGCUGACGGGCAUCCAUCCUUGGCACAAGGUGCAUGGUAACAUUGUCUACCUGCUGGGCACAGGCAAUUCACCCCCGAUCCCGGAUAGUUUGUCGGAAGCCUCCAAGGCAUUCAUCAACGAUUGUCUUGUCGUCGACUCGGAGAGGCGUUCGACUGCUGCGCAGCUGCUCGAUCACCCCUUU